AUGGCGAGCUCCAGCAGAUUGAAUGAUCCAGAGCGCUUUAUCAAAGUAACCCUCCAUGGCGCCACCGGUCUUGUCAAGCGGGAAUUACUCAGUUUUCCGGAUCCAUUCGCCGUGCUCACCGUUGAUGGGGAACAGACCAGCACUACUGCUAUCGCCAGGCGCACCAUAAGCCCUGUUUGGGGCGAGGCCUUUGAUGUCAAAGUCCGUCAGUCAUCCGUGAUCGCUAUCCAAAUAUUCGACCACAGAAAAUUCAAAAAGCGUGAUCAAGGUUUCUUGGGUGUCUUCAAUAUUACGGCUGCGGAGGCUCUUCAGCUUGCUGCAAAUCAGACAGGCACUGUCCAGAAAGAUCUGACAAUGACAAGUAAUAAUCUCCCAGUAUCCGGAAAGAUUUCUUUCGAAUUUGUACUUUCUGUUCACUCCCAACCCAACACGACUGCUAUAGAACGUCAGCCCAUUCUAAAUCCAACUCAUAACCAACCAACCCCGCAUCCCCAUGCACCUCCAGCCAGAAUUUCAGCACCCUACCCCACACCACAGCUAAAUGUGCCAGAAGAUAUCACAAGAAUGCAAAAUACCAUUUCCACGCCUUCUUUGCGACCUUCCGCCAGUCACACAACGCUCAACACCACUUUCACACCACCGAGGACCGAGACACGGCCUGUUACAUCAUCUGGACCUCCUACAACGCGUCUCUUUGAUGAUGAAGCUGGUAAUCCUUUGCCAGCGGGAUGGGAGCGAAGAGUAGAUCCGCAAGGCAGAACUUACUACGUUGAUCACAACACGAGGCAAACAACAUGGCACCGUCCUGGAACUCAACCUUCUCAGGUUAUUAGACCGCCAUCGCAGAUCACUCAAGGGCCUGCAAGGGCAUCCACUUCUUACCCUGGCACUUCAGUCACACCCCCGGCUACAAACACACCUGUCUCGCAGACGGGGCCAUAUGCUGAUAUACCUCUGCCCCUAGGCUGGGAGGAACGCCGUACACCAGAAGGGCGGCCGUACUUUGUCGAUCACCAUACGCGAACGACAACAUGGACAGAUCCUAGACGUGCUACCCAACCUGCUCCCGUCGCAGAAACGAGACCCGUUACAAACCCUAAUCUUGGCCCGCUUCCAUCGGGAUGGGAAAUGCGAUUGACAAACACCGGACGUGUGUAUUUCGUUGACCAUAACACCCGCACGACGUCUUGGGACGAUCCCAGGCUUCCUCCCAACCUUGACGACAAUGCUCCGCAGUACAAGCGUGACUACAGAAGGAAGGUUGUUUAUUUCAGGAGUCAGCCGAAAAUGCGGGUACUACCUGGGAAGUGCGAGGUCAAAGUUAGGCGCACUCGAGUAUUGGAGGACAGUUAUGGAGCAGUGAUGGCCCUAACUGGCGAAGACCUUAAACGGAGGUUGAUGGUUAAUUUUGAAGGUGAAGAUGGCCUGGAUUAUGGAGGUGUUUCCAGGGAAUGGUUCUUCCUCUUGUCGCAUGAGAUCUUCAAUCCCAGUUAUGGGUUAUUCGAAUACUCUACCCACGACAAUUAUACACUGCAGAUCAACCCAGCUUCCGGUAUCAAUCCCGAUCAUCUUAGCUACUUCAAAUUCAUUGGCCGAUGCCUUGGGCUGGCAAUUUUCCAUCGCCGAUUCCUCGACGCUUACUUCGUCCCUAGUUUUUAUAAGAUGAUACUAGGCAAGCACAUGACGCUGGCAGACUUGGAGGCUGUCGAUGCCGACCUUCAUCGGUCGUUGGUGUGGAUGUUGGAGAACGACAUCACUGAUGUUCUGGACGAGACGUUUACCACGACUGAAGAACGAUUUGGUGAACUGGUCACGAUAGACUUGAAGCCCGGUGGUGAAGAUAUUCCCGUGACGGAGGCCAACAAAAAGGAAUACGUGGAAGCGGUAGUGUCAUACCGGAUUUCGAGGCGUGUCAAGGAGCAGUUUGAUGCCUUCAUGGAAGGCCUUCUGGAACUUAUUCCUAGAGACCUUAUCAAUGUGUUUGAUGAAAGGGAGCUGGAGUUGCUGAUUGGGGGCAUGUCGGAAAUUGACAUGGAUGACUGGACCAAGUUUACCGACUAUCGCGGCUACGAGAAGACCGACCAGGUCAUUGAAUGGUUUUGGCAAUGUAUCCGAUCGUGGCCAGCAGAGCGCAAGUCACGGUUACUGCAAUUUGCCACUGGCACAUCGAGAGUGCCUGUCAAUGGGUUCAAAGAUCUUCAAGGGUCUGAUGGUCCUCGUCGGUUCACCAUCGAAAAGUCGGGCGACCCUCAAGGACUACCGCGGAGUCACACAUGCUUCAACCGAUUGGAUCUACCGCCAUACCAAGACUAUGAGAGCUUGGAGUCAAAAUUGCUCUUCGCUAUCGAAGAGACGGAAGGGUUUGGACAAGAGUGA